AUGCUGUACUUCCAGGUGGUGAUACUCGCUGCUACAGUCAUGCUGGUUUACUACUGUGAGUUCACUGACACUUUCAGUCCAGCAGAGCAGGGCUUCAUUUGCAGAGACCCCACUUUGACCAAACCUGAUCCUGGACCUGAGCAGAACAGCCGCAUGCCGCCUAUCAUACUGUACUCUGUGGUGAGCGGACUACCUGUUGUACUGAUUUCGGGGGUGGAAGUAGUCAUCUUCCUCUUUUACUACAACUCAAACCACUUUUAUGAGCAGGAGAAGGUUGUUGUCGUGGGAGACUGCUGCUAUGUUAACCCCAUGGUGCGCAGGACUGUCCGUUUCCUUGGUAAUGUAAGACCAGCACAAAAUAUUCCCACCAUUGUUGUUUUUGUGGUUCAGUAUUUCAAAAAGAGACCUGUGAUUCCCCAGAGUCCCUCAGACUCAGGCACGGCUAAUACCGAUGAGGUUUCCCCUGAAGUCAAUCACAACAUGGAGACCAGUGAUAAGAGCCCAGGGUCCAUCACAGAAGUCACAUGACUAUGAAGGACCACCCCCUCACCCAACCACAUCAAGGGGGAGAUUGACGUCACCAAUUCUGUGUAGUUCAUGGACCUUUGUUUUUUACAUCAGUCUCAUUUGCGUCUCAUUUACAUCAGCAACAUUUUCUGUCAUUUAAGAAUUAAUCUAUCAUUGCCACUUUUACUUUGCACUGUAGUGUUGUUCUCCCAGGGUCAAAUGUGGCACGCACAGUUUAAAUGUUUACUGUAAAUGUACUGCCAACUUCAGAAAUGUCACUGUGGGUAUUGUAGCAGCCAUUUUAACUAAUAUAUGAUUUGUUUUCUAUAUGGGUAAAAGUAUUUGAUAUGUGUAUUCAAUGUAAAUUUAAUGUGAAUACGUGUAGCAUGUGUUAAUGUCAAAUAUAAGUCAGUAAGAUUGCAUGAUAUCUGAUAUAUGAGGUUAUAAAGAGGGAUAAAGGGAUAAAUGAUAACUAAGACAGGAUCAUUGGUUGUCAUGGUUUCCACGAUAUUGUCUAUGUUAUGUAGGAGUCUUUGGAAAUCUGAAUUCAGUUCAUUUCAGUUUUCCAUUUUAUUUAUAUAGCACCAAAUCACAACAGUUGCCACAAUAAUA